AUGGCUUCAGAACUCCUUAAGGAAAAAUUCAACCGACGGCUGUGGCUGAAGUUUGGCGUUGAUUUCCCGAAGUUACUGGACUGCUUCGUGGUGCCCGUGGUGCUCGCCCUCAGCUGGCUCUUCCUCAAGGUCCGCUACAAGCUGGUCCAUGUGCUCGGGGUCGGCCUCUGCCUGCUGGGGGUCGGCUGCCUCGUGUGGGCCAACGUGGAGGACGGCAAGGCGGCCAUCCCUGGUGCUGAGCGACUGCUGGGCGACAUGCUGUGCCUAGGCGGGGCCACGCUCUACGGCAUCAGCAACGUGGCUCAGGAGUACGUGGUCAAGACCUACGACAGCGUGGAGUUCCUGGGCAUGAUGGGCCUUUUCGGCUCUCUCAUCAACGGCAUUCAGCUUGCCAUCCUAGAGCGCAACGACGUGGGUUCCGUGCGCUGGGACACCUGGCCCGUGCUGGCACUGGUGGGGGGCUUCAGUGCCGCUCAGUUCCUCUUCUACGUAGUGGCACCAGCCGUCAUCCGCGUCACCUCGGCCACGGCACUCAACCUGGCACUGUUCACGGCUGAUUUUUACAUCCUCAUCACCGGCAUCGCACUCUUCAAGUUCAAGUUCCAUCCACUGUACUUCCUGUCAUAUAUCCUGGUCGUGACAGGCGUUAUAGUGUUUGUCAUUAAACCCACACCAAUCGCUUCAACUAGUAGAGGUUACUACAGGGAAAUCUCGGUUGGCCGAUCAAGCAGCGGCAACGAGGUGGAGCUAACCACUACUCCUGGAACGACUACCAGCAGCAUGGGAGGUGGGGCAUCUUUCACGGACUGGCCCCCACUCCCUCCUGAGGUUAGGGGCUGCCCGGACUACCCCUACCCCCACUCACAUUCAACGGAAUUCAGGCCAGGAGGUCACCCCAGCAUGGUGCCACCUCCUACAGAGUACCCCAGCACCCCUCCUUCACCCCCGCAGCAGUUCCGGUCCCUGCCACGCCCUGCCCGACGUGAGCCAUAUCCAGCAGGUAGUAGUGCCGGUGGACAGAGAUCGGCAACUCUCCACCGCCCAGCGCGGCAACUCUAUAGAGCCAACGGUGCCUCAUCCUCUUCCCACGAGCUGGGAGAUGUGAGAUGUUAGGCUGAGACAAAAGAUGCUAGGUCUUCAGCAUCUUAGUGCUCUGUGUUCAUCUCAGUGCUCUGCCAUUUGACCGCAGCACCUCAAUGGAAGCUAUACUGCACUGAUGUCUUCAUCACUGAGUAUUGUGUUGUCUUUGAAGAAUCUAGUGUUAUCUUUUACUCAAUAUUCAAGCUUCAUUGGCAAACCCAAACAACAAAAAGAAGGCAAAGGAAAAGAAAGAAUUAUACAUCACCAUACUUUUGUGUAGUCUGCCCCAGUUUCUAUCUGGUGAGGUGAAGCAAUAACUGCAGAUGCUUAGAAUUGUUUUCUUUUUUUCCUUUUUUUUCUGUAUCUGCUAAUGUUUGGUGCUGCAUACAAGGCAAUGAUUUUUUAAAAUCUUUUUUGUCUCAUUCCUCAUUCUUUUGUGGAUGAGCCUUUUGCUCUCUGCUGAGAAGUUUGCAGAGGUUAAAGUGAAAUCAUGAUCUAAAAUUUUUACUUUUGUGUUUUGUGAAUUAAGAAAUAGAUAUAUAUGUAUGUGAAUAUAUUGAAAAGAAAUGUGUGAUGAAGAUAUAUGUCAGGCAAGUGUAGCAUCACCAGAUACUUCUUUUUUUUAUUAUUAUUAUAUUUUUUUUAAGCUCAAAUAGCUAGCAUAUAAAGUUCAAGGCAUAAUGUCUGGCUUUUGGAUUGAUAGAUAUUCAUGCAUAGAGCAAUGGUUGUAUCUGGAGAGAUGCUGUAAUGAUGUGUUGAUAAAGCAACAACAAAGAGACAAGAAAAUGUAGAAUAAAGGAAAGGAGGAAGUUCCUUUACCAUGAAAGUUCCUCUUGCUCAAUAAAGGAAACUUAAGAUGUAAGUGGUACUGGAAAACAAAUUUACAGUUACCAAUACAUAUAAUGUAAAGAACAAUAUUUAAGUGUUUGAUAACACUUAAGAUAUAGAGAGAAAUUAUAGUUCACAGGUUGUUUCUUUUUUAAUGAGAAAAAGGAGAAAAACACAUUUAAAAAAACUGUAGAUAAACUUUAAUGAUAGUUCUUUGUAUCACACAUAUCUUUUACUGUAGCGUUGUGUAAAGGAUACUUUGACAGUGUAAUGGGUUACAGAGAGAGGUUGAUUUGCUAUUUCAUAUCAUUUUUAGUUGUAUGUGAGUAAGGCCCGGGUUGCAGUAUGUUUUAUCACUAUGGUAAAAUUUCAGUCACUUCGGUUUAGGAUACAAUACCCCCCCCCCCCCUUAAAAAAUAUGAAAAAAAUACACACAAAAAAAAGGAAUAUCCAGAAUUGCUUUAUUUUACAAAUAUAGAAUCAUAGACACAUACUUUUGCUAUACAAAACAAGUUAUGACACCGUGCACCAUUAUUUUAAUAUUUAGGAUGUAGAUAGAUACCAGUGUAUAGUAUUUGCCAAUAUUCUAAUUAUUAUUACUGCUCGUAUUGUUAU